AUGAUGUCGUUGGAAUGGAAGCUCAAAUACAUGGGUCAUUAUGUACGUAAUUAUAUGCUUUACAUGCCAUUUACACAUCGAAGCACUUUAACGAUGAAUACAAAUGGGGGAUCGAGAUGGGAGAAAGGAGAUGCUUUCAAAACAGGAAACAUAAACGUGGAUUAUCUAUCUUUGAGGCAAAAAAGUUUUCUUUUCCUAGAUGAAGAUGAUUUCUCGAGGAUCAUGGAAUUUUUAAGGGUGGAAUUGAAAGUAAGCACAGAAGAAUAG